AUGCUGAACAAAGCGCUUCGAGUUCAGAACAUCGACAUUCUCUUCGCGCUUCGAUUUCUAAUCGUCGAUAUUCACAACCAGCUCAUCAAAGAAUCGUCAAACACAAACAUCAGUCGAUUAUAUCGAGGUCAAGUGAUGUCAAAAGAUGAACUUGAUCGCAUUCGUUCAAGUAUUGGCGAAUUCAUCUCGAUAAACUCCUUUCUAUCCACAACUCGUAGUCGGAACAAGGCACUUGAAUUUACUCAAAGUGCUCAGUGUGAAGUUCAAUAUGAAUGUGUUCUCUUCAAAAUCAAAGUUGAGAGUCGAAUAAAAGCAAAACCGUUUGCCGAUAUUUCUCGAUUGAGUUAUUUUCCUGGUGAGGAAGAAAUUCUGCUUAUGCUCGGUUCCAUCUUUCGGCUUGAAAGUGUUCACUUUGACCAACAACAGCAAAUCUGGGUGGCUGAUUUAGAUUUAUGCAACGAAGAUGACCAUGAUCUGAAACAAGUGUUUGACCAUAUGAAGAAAGAGAUGGGGAGUGAAACCACUCACAUUUCACUUGGAAAUUUGUUCGGUCAGAUGGGUGAAUUGGACAAGGCCGAAAAGUAUUAUAAACGGUUGUUAAAUGAGCUCGCAGUGGACGAUUCUGGGAUUGCUGAGUGUUACGUAGGACUCGGUAAUGUACACCGCAACAAAGGUGAAUAUGAUUUAGCUUUGAUGAAUCAUGAAAAAGCAUUGAAAAUCAGAGUAAAAGCUCUUCCACCCGAUCACCCUUAUAUCGCCCAAACAUAUAACAAUAUCGCUAAUGUACAAGAUGACAAAGGUGAAUAUGAUUUAGCUUUGAUGAAUAUGGAAAAAGCAUUGAAAAUCAGAGUAAAAGAUCUUCCACCCGAUCACCCUCAUAUCGCCGACACAUACCGUAAUAUGGGACUCGUGCAUGAAGCAACUUGUACUUGGCAAUCAGCAUUAGAAUAUCAUAACAAAGCAGCAACAAUAUGGCGCAGAUCACUUGCAACAACGCAUCCACAGCUAGUGACAAUUGAGAACGACAUUCGAAGAGUGAAAGCCCAAUUAAAGUAG